AUGCUUCUAGUUCGGCCAAUGUUGCAUCGCCUGUCACUUCGGGGUCUCCCUCUGAAUUAGUUCAUUCAAAUCGAUCCGUGUAUGGAGUUUGGGAAUUUUUCAACAUAACAGUUCCUAGCGUAUCUUUCGCCUCAGUUACCUACAUGUUGAUCGCCGUGACGAUCCUUUUCGCUUUAGCAAUCAUGCAUAAGGAUAUUGACGAACGGGAUUCUACGUUUAUACAAAGAUCAAUAGAUGAAUUAUCGAAUGGGGAUGCUGCUCGGCGGAUGUUUAAUGGAUGGACGAGGUCGCGACAAGAUGGCAUGGCGAUUUCAAAUAGGGACGAAAAAAAUAGAUCAUUAGACAUGUCAUCAUCAUCUUCAAUAUCCUUGUCUCCUUCCGAGCCUGUGGAUGAUACAGCACCACGACUAUAUAAAAAGGCCUCGAAUUCUCGUUUGUCAUCUCAUAGACGUCCGAAUUCUCGUUUAAAGGCACAAACACUUUCACCAAUAGAUGAUAAUCCAUCUACGGUUUCAUCUAACGAUGAUCAACCGAACGAUCAGUCCAAUGAAACAGAUGAGUCAAAAACAACAGUGACGAUAAAUGUUUCAGAUCCUCGGUCGGAACAACCUAUUCUUGUACCACAUCAAGAGAUUAAUUGUGAAAUUGAAGGUAUUCCUUCAAAUCAGCUUAAUCAAAAUUUUGAUGAUUCUCAGUCUAACAAUCAAGAAAUCAAUUCGAGAAAUGGGUCUUGUCAAAAUUCGAUGACAAACAAUGAUGGGACAAAUAGUCGCGUAACCUUUGAUGAUUUAAUCCCACCACCCAUACCAACAACGAAUGACAUAUCGGUACCAUUGCAUAAAAAAAAUUCCAAAUCACGAUUGAAGGUACAACGGCCACAAAAAGAUCAAACAUUAUUUGUUACAGCGCAGGAAAGUGAAGGAGAACUAAUUCAGAGGGAGACCCCGAAGUGA